GCCGCCGGGGCGUGGGCGGCGGCGGCGCUGGGCCGGGGGGGAGCCGCGAGGCCGGGAGCGGGGUAGGCUGCGCCCAUACUUAAGCGGGCUGCCCGAGCCGCUGACGUCUUUCGAAUUGGAGACGGGCUGCCCCCCUCCCGCCCGGGGCUCCCGCGGACACGGCCGGGGAUCGAGUGCAUACUGUGGAGUGAUUUCUUUGAAUCAAGUUGGCGAGCCAGGCAGGAGACUGUCUGUUUGGCUGUGAGACCCUCUGGGGCUGGGGAUCCUCAGGGCACCCCUGGAGAAUUCUCCGGAGAGACUCCCCGGUCUCCGUUGGAUCAUCGCAGGAACGGACAAGACCCUGAGACAGACUUAAAAGAUGCCUUCUUCUGCCUGCCCUUGGAGCCAGAGAGCCAAAAAUUGUUUGCUUUUGAAUGGGAAAAUCUGGAGCCAGGUUGGAAAUCCCAACUCACCUGGACCAUGUUACCCCAAGGCUUCAAAAAUAGCCCAACAUUAUUUGGAAACCAACUGGUGAAAGACCUUGAGGACUGACUGGAUGGCACCCACUGGGGAAGGAGUUUUGCUCCAAUAUGUAGAUGACCUAUUGAUAGCCACUGAAACCUUAAACAGCUGUAGGGAGUGGACAGUAAGCCUCUUAAAUUUUCUUGGACUUAAAGGAUAUAAGGUAUCUCAGCAAAAGGCACAAAUAAUGAAGCAAGAAGACACCUACCAGGGAUAUGAGGUCUCAGGGGCAGUGGAAAUUAGGACAAGAAUGCAAAGAGACAAUCUGCCAAACUCUUCAGCCCAGGACACCUAAGGAACUUUGGAUGCUUCUCGGGAUGACAGGUUGGUGUCGACUCUGGAUCUAUAAUUAUGGCGUAUUAGUAAAACCCCUAUACCAAUUGCUGCAAACAGAAAUGAGGGAAUUACAGUGGACUGGGGAAGGAAAAUGAGCAUUUAAUGAAUUGAAGAAGGAAUUAAUGAGGGCCCCAGCCCUCAGACUCCCAGAUGUCACCAAACUCUUUUGGUUAUUUUCACAUGAGAGACAAGGCAUAGCCCUCAGGGUCCUAGCUCAAAAUACAGAACCCUACAAAAGAACUGUAACUUACUUCUCAAAGCAACUAGAUGAAAUAAGCAAAGGAUGGCCUGGAUGCUUACAGACAGUGACAGCCGUGGUCCUAAACAUCCAGGAAGCUCAAAGAUUCACUAUCGGACAAAAGAUGACUGUCCUGGUAUCACUGUAUCUGUGGUACUGGAACAAAAAGGGGGGCACUGGCUGUCCCCCUCUCUGUUCCUUAAGUACCAAGCAAUAUUGGUAGAACAAGAUGAUGUAGAUAUAGUCACUACUAAUGUCAACCCAGCCUCUUUCCUCAACAGUGCCACAGCCAUUGGGGAACCGGUAACUCAUGACUGCCUACAAACCAUUGAAGCCACUUACUCAAGCCAGCCUGAUUUAAAAGAAGAACCCUUGCCGGGAAUGGGAACCUGGUUCACUGACGGAAGCAACUCUGUUAAAAAUGGAGUUCAGAAAGCAGGAUAUGCUGUAACCACUACUCAGCGAACCAUUGAAGCCCGAGCCCUCCCAGUGGGAACAUCGGCGCAAAAAGCCAAAACUAUUGCUCUAACAAGAGCACUAGAAUUAGCCAAUGGAAGAGAUGUUAAUAUUUGGACAGACUCAAAAUACGCGUCUGGAGUAGUUCACGCCCAUGGGGCUGUGUGGAAAGAGCGUGGGCUUUUGACGUCUCACGGAAAACAAAUCAAGCGCUCUGCGGAAAUACUGAGGCUUCUUGAAGCUAUAAAAUUACCGAAUCGAGUGGCAGUGAUGCACUGCAGAGGACACCAAAGGGGUGACACGGCUCAGGAAAAAGGGAACUGACUGGCAGAUCUAGAGGCAAAAAGAGAGGCAGAAGAAGGAGAGGUAAACCUACUGGCCAUAAUACCAGAUAGAAAAAUACUAAGGUACGAGUGUCUGUCCAGAAUGUCCAGGCAUGCACAACUUAGAGACCAUGAUGUAAAUCCAUGUGUAGCGGAAACAGAUGCCUCUAAUAAAUGUAUGGAUGACAACAACUAUAACAAGGAUAAGUGUACUGCUUAUUUUUUGAAGUACAGAAACUGCAGAAAAUUCUGGCAUGCCAUUAUGAUGCAAAGGAGAAGAAAUGGUGUGAAACCAGAGAUGCCCUCAGCAGAAGAGAGAAAGAAAAUGUUGGAAUCAAUGGGGAAGCCCUACUGACUAGAAGCUUGCAUUGCUUGACUGUUUUCACCAUACAUAGGAAAUCUACCAGCAGCAAGUUUACCUUUCAUGAACUGGACUUUACAGUUGCCAUAUCUUGGAUUAAAAUAAGCUCCUAAAUUUUGAAAUGCGUGAACUUUCUAGGAUAAAACUUCUUGGUUUUAUACUUCCUGUCUUGAGAACUUGGCCUCUCACUGGAAGACACAGUAUUGACACAACUUACAUCUAGGUACUUUGGAAGUAGAAACUAACUUGCUAAAUAUAAAAUUAAUGGGACUCACAGAAAAUCUGUUUGAAAGGAGGGGGCUGGUGAGUGUUGCUGUGUAGUUCUAAUGAUGGAGCAGGUUAAGAGACUGGUAUGUGCAACGUGUUUCUGCUAUCCAGC